GAUCAGCCAUGCUUCGGACACAGGAGCGACUUUGGUUCAGCAGCCGUGUGGAACACCUACAAUCAAACACGAGGAGAUAUUUUGACCUUCGGGAGUGCACUUCGUUCUAUUCUUCCUAGCAGAGCUACUGUUGGGCUUUAUGGGAGAAACUUACCCGAAUGGGUGUACUCACAGCUCGCAUGUGGAUAUUAUGGAUUGAUAACUGUACCGCUGUACGACACACUGGGCGAAGAAGCACUGCAUCAUAUACUGAACCAGACGGAGAUCUCUUUGGUCGUUUGUGAUACAUUCGAACGUGCCGAAUCCAUACUAAAGCAAGGGAGCAAAUACAUGAGUCAUCUCGUUGUUAUCAAGAUGGAUGAGGCUGAUCGCAAGAAAUUGAUGAAGAAAGCCAAAGAUUCGGUUGCGAUUUUCACGUUUGCCGAGAUGCUGGUUCGAGGUUUGGGAAAAGAAAAGGAUGUUCCCGAGCCAAAUCCUGACGAUUUGUUCCUCGUGUGUUACACGAGCGGAAGUACCGGCUUACCAAAGGGUGUCAUGUACACUCACCGUACCUUCCUCAAGGCGGUAUCAGUCACCGCACGGCUAUAUGAGUUUGCAGAGAUCAGCGUCGUCGGAAACGUCCAUGUGUCUUUCUUGCCUUUGGCACAUAUCUUUGAACAACUGGCGAUGGCGGCAUGCUUGUUGUAUGGAAGUCAGAUCGCAUUUCUUACUACGGACUUUACCCGACUACUCGACGACUAUGCACAUUAUCGUCCAACAGUGCUUGCUUUGGUCCCACGUGUCCUUUCUCGAAUGUAUGCAGUCGUAAUGGAAAAAGUUAAUGCAAGUAAAAUGAAAGCGCGUCUUUUCGAGAGGGCUAUGAAGUCGAAGCUUGAAGAACAGAAAAGGGGAAUCUUCAAACAAUGUGGUAUUUUGGAUUCUCUCUGCUUUCGACCGAUUCGCAACCGAGUUGGUGGUCGAGUGAGAGUUAUUGUUUGCGCCAGUGCCCCAUUACAGCCUGAAGUGUUUCAGUUUACAAAAUCUGCGUUUUCUUGUCCAGUCAUAGAAGCCUAUGGUUCCACCGAGAGUGGUGGUUUGAUCACAAUGACGUUACCUACGGACGUAACAGGUGGUCACGCUGGCUCUAUUGCCCUAGAUAUGAAGAUUAAAUUGAUUGAUGUUCCCUCGAUGGGUUUAACUGUCAAACGUGAUGGAAUUGGAGAGUCUUCCUGGAUGGGAAUCCCGAGACGGGCCACAUCAAUGGCUAGAGACAUUGUCAGACAGGGCCCAGUCGCGCUCUCAAUGGCGAUCGUGCAUCCAAGCUAUUGCCUUCAAUGCAUAGCUCCUUUUCCAAACCCCCCACUUGACAGCCCACUGACAGUGCUGGAUUUAUGCACCAAUUUACCAGCUCGCGCGUGCAAUGCGGAGUUACCUACCCCCCCCCAAAUCAUCGGUGAACGAAACUGUGGCAGCUACAACCACUGUACGACGAGUACGCGGUUCUUACAGCUGACAAUGGUGAUGAUGAUGAUGAUGGCAAACGGAAUCUGUGUCAUAUCACCAGCGAAUACACCUGGUUACUAUAAAGAAAGCGAGAAAACCAAGGAACUGUUCGAUGAGGAUGGGUUCAUUCGGAUGGGCGACAUUGGACGUUGGACUGCGUGUGGAACCUUACAAAUUGUGGAUCGGUGUAAAAAUAUAUUCAAGUUGUCCCAAGGUGAAUAUGUUGCUCCGGAGAAGGUAGAGCAAGUCUACGCACUCAGUCCACUUGUGCUGAACGUAUACGUGGAUGGAAACUCACUCUACUCCCACACAGUGGCAGUAGUUGUUCCCAACUUCGAAAAACUACAGAAACAAUUCCCAGAAUUUUUCGAUGAGCUUCUGAAGGAGAACAAUGGGAUUGGGAGUGAUAGCAAAAAAUUGUUUGCAGAAGCGUGUCGGAAAAAGAAACUGGCGAAGCUGAUUUUGAACGAGCUGAACAAGCUUGGAGCUGAAAAGGGACUGAAAGGCUUCGAACAGGCAAAUUGCAAGGCCUCAGAUGCGGAAAUAUUUCGCCGCCCAGAUCCAGGCACUGUA